AUGUGCCGGGAAAACUUGCUGCACGCGCAUGGAACCCCCCUUGGAGUGUACUUAGACGGGCACAGAGAUACACCGCGUAUUCUCAGCUUCUUCUUCCGUGAGCUUUGGGCAGCGGAAAUCGCCAUUCGAGUGUACUUCUAUGAUUGCCUUGAUCAAGCAGCGCUGGGCGGAGCUGCGGCGGAGCUGGCGUACGUAGACUUCACAUGGGGCGCUCCACCCAGAAAGGGAUAUCACUUCGAUGCGUUAGUCCGGCUGCCGACGCGCGAGAACGACUGGAGCUCCGCGUCACAAGAAACUGCUGCCGCCAUGAGCGCGCAGGAAAGCGCGGCGAGGACAGAGGCAAACAGCGCCGGCACCGACGAACGAGCGCAGUGGGCAGUCCGCGCAGAAGGCGCAGGCCGAAGAUUGGGCUCGCACAGCAUAGCGCCGGAAGCAGACAAGGGAGCCACGCAGAAAAGAGCCCGGAGGGAAGAACCAGCGAGGAGCACGCAGCAUAGACCAUCGAGUACUGGUCAAAAGAUACAGCGGCGUCAGCCACGGCAAGCUGCGCGGGAGAGUGGGCUCGCCAGGCGGAACCGCCGUACGAAGCAGCUGCGCGAAGCUGUGCAAGGGGAGGCGUGCGAGUUCCAAGCAGACGAUGAAGAAGACCUGGCUGUGCACAUAGCCACUGCUCACGACGCGGCCUUUGCAAGCAGCAUGGAGGCAACACUGACCGAAGCAGAAAAGCUACGCGCGUACCAGGGAGCGGUUGUGGUGCAGCUCAUAGAGGCGGCGGUGGAGCGAGGUCACCCCGCCUUCCAACAUGUGGAAAUGGAAGUGAUGUAUUGCAAGGCAGCGCAGCUGCCUGAGGACGCGGUCCCGGAAGAAGUCAUCGCGGUGUUACCAUUGGACAACGCCCUGAACCAAAUCAUCCGGCAGAAAGCCGCGACGCCGGUGCGAGAAGCAAUGCCACAAGAAUUCAGGCACAUGAUGAAACCCAAUGCUGUGGUAGCCGAAAAAACCAGCGUCGGGUUAACGGACGUCAAUGCCAGCCACGUGUCUGCGUUGCAAGCGACCGCAACGAAGAGCUCCGGCGACGGGGAGGAAGUGCCGGAAUAUGUACUUCGGACAGGGAACAGACUGCUGGACCAAUUCCAGCCAAAAUACUUUGGCAUAGCAUUUCCGUAUGUCUUUAAGUACUGCACCGGCAUGCCAGACCCGCCAGCAUGGAGCGCCAAGGCACGUUUCCGCCGCCACCCCGACGCACCGCGGGUAGAGUUGGCUGACUGGGUGAAAAUCAUGGCCCGCCGUUGCGAGGCACACGUUGCUCGUGACUGGGUCUUCGGAUUUUCUGCCUGGAAUUUACAUUUCCGUUCAGCCCUCAAUUUGAGCCGUAAUGUGGCUUUAUUUGACGUUCCGGUCUAUGACGAUAGUACAGAUACAUGGCGUCGGCUAAAAGGAGAGGAUAUCGAAGCAGGUGCACAGGAGUUGCUGAAAGCGCUGCGAGGCCAGUACAUUGACCGACGAGGCAGGCCAAAGGCAGUAAAUAUGGACAUAAGUAAGCUGCAGUAUGUGCGUGGCCUGCGCCCAGCCGCGCGGAAGCUAGUCAAGAACAUGCGACACACAGCACAGGAAUUGCCGGGAACACAGGAAGCCCCCAAGCGGAUGCGUUUCGAAAUCGAAGGCAUGCGGAUACGCUUCGGCGUGCCGCUCUUUGUCACCUUUUCGCCCGACGAAGCACACCAAAUGCUGUACGUCCGCAUGGCGCGAGCUCGCUGCAGCGAUCCGGUGCGCGCGGCGGCCUGGGACCAAGACUGGAACGUGGGGGACCGAGACUACCCACCUGUGGACAAUGACACGACUUGGCCUAUUCAUGUAGAGACCUUCCGUCGGCUUGUGCCAGGCUGGGAUCUCCGACGUCAAGCUUUGCGCUGUGGGUCUGACCUGUCUGCAGCGCAACGGCGAGAGAUAGUUCGCGCAGCACAACGGGCACAGGAUGCGCAGACGGGAUACUGCGCGGACUACUGCGCGAAGAGCCAACCCAUGGCAUUUCAUGAAAUCAAAGAAAUGCAGAAGGGCCAGCAAAGGCUCCAGCAAAGCAUGCAAAAAGAACCGGUGGAAAAAAUCGGACAGAGGACUGCGACGCGAUUCCUGAGUGAUGCGUACUGCAAAGGCAUCGUUCGCGGGCAGGUGGAAUGUUGCAACCUGCGUGCGUAUCAGAAGGGCAGCUGCGUCGUGGCCGCGGAGCGAAUCAGCACGGCAGCGUUCUGCAGCUUCCCUGGUCGAGCUUUGUUGCAGGCGGUCAAUGUAGCCUUCGACGAGGAGGCAGUGGGGCACUCGGGCAGCAGAUACGUGUGGGGCAAAAAAGGGCCCGGAGGCCGCCAAAGCUUACGCGAAGUCAGCCCCGCGCAGGCAUAUGGCCACAGACCGUCGCGCCCGGACAUAUGGUGUUUAUCCCCGUACGAAUUUACCACAACGUGGGAGCUGGAGCCGUUGCGGAUUCCACAGAGCCAUAAUGAGUGGAAGCAAGUGCGAGCCACGCAGUCGGAUGUGAAGUUGACAGCAAGGGGCGCCGCUAAAUUCGGCACGGCCGGGGCAGAGAACUGCAAGGUGCGGCUGCUGCCAGGCGUCGACUUCAAAAGAGCGGGUGGCGCAGAAAGCCGGAACAAGGCGUAUUACCCCUCGAGUGCCGGAAACGCAUUGUGCCACGCCUGGUGUUUGCGUCGCAAAGCUCGACCACAGUGCCCCCACAUGGCCAAUGCACCGGUACCGAAUAGAGCGGGCGAAGACACGGAGAGCAAUGCGAUGAUGACGAUGACGUAUUUUCGGGCAUGGACACUGGACAAAAAACGUGGCGGAGACCAAGUGCCGUACGUCAAGCACUUGCGUGAGCCGGUGACGACGUGGGACAGAAGCUUGCGCAGGUGGUUGCUGCAGCUGCCGUGCGCGGAGACAAAGCAAUACGUGGGCAACUUCUUGAGCGUGUACCGCGUCCGGCCGGAAAGCGAGCUGGACAAUAGCGACAGCGAGGACGACAAUGAAGAUAAUGAAGAGCUGGUUGCGACGGAAGAGUUGUUAGGCGCAGCCUGCCAAACACAUGUGGCAGUGGAGGAAGGCAACAAGAAAGAAAGCAAGUGGUCCAAACAUCGAAGUUUGCUCGUAGACGCGUUACAGCGCGCCGAACAGCACUGGGGUGGCCGCAGCGCAUCGGAGAAUGGACCGGGAGAAGUAGGAAACCCAUAUGCGACAAUGGACACAAAGGGCAUCGUGAAAGGGUUGCGUCGCGCGGCCGAGGCCCCGUCGGGGAACGCAACGCAGAGGAACCUCGAGCCGAGCGCGACGCGACGGCCCGGCCGGUUGCAGGAGACCCUGGCCGCCAUCGACCGUUGGAGCAGCUCUGUCGCCGACGGCAAAUGCCGAACUGUGUCGGCGCGUCGCGGAACAGGUCAGAGCAGAGCUGGUGGCAGAAGACGGUGCCAGUCCGCAGCCACUGCGCUGGGUGGUGCACGGGGGCCCCGGCACGGGAAAAUCGCACACGUUGAAAUUGAUCCGUCGGGAGCUGUUCGAAGACAUCGCCGGUGGACGCAUGGCUCGCAAUACCACGUUGUCACGCUGCAGGCGGUGAUGGCAAAGGAACUGGACGGCGACACCAUUCAUCAUGCGAUGGGCUUAAAUUGGCAAGGCGCGUCCGACGACAAGAUCAGCGGAAGCAAGUUCCUCGACCUGAGCGCGAAGGCCGUUCAAUGGCGGUGGCUGAUAAUUGAUGAAAUCAGCAUGGUAAGCGCUGAGCUGCUGGCAAGAAUGGAUUUACGAUGCCGAGAGCUGGUGCGCGAUCUACAGCAGAGUAAGUACGCCCCAGGUAGCGCACACGCGCAGCCCUUUGGAGGGUUGAACGUGCUCGUGGCAGGGGAUUUAUGGCAAUUGCCACCACCACGCGGAACUUUUUUAGGGGAAGUGCCUUGGGAAAUGCUGACCAAGGGGAGCAGCAAAAAAGUAGCCCACGCCGUGCAUGGGCAGAAGCUGGUGUGGGGCUCGCAGGCGGAGAACAGCAUGAUCCACGGCAUCACAGAACUAGAGCAAUGUGAGCGCGCGCGAGACACAUGGCUGCAGAGGCUGCAGCAGCAGAUUCGGGAAGGUGCCCUAAGCGCCGAUAAUCAUGCAUUCCUGCAUGGGCACGACACAGGUGUCCCGGGAAGUUGGUCUGGGGAAAAACUGGACUGCGAAAACGCAGCGUGCCAGCAACUGCUGCAGAGCAAGGUCGCCCCUGCGCGCAUUCGCAGACUAGAGUGCGAGCAAUGCCAGCAAGAACGCGCCUCGAAAAAGCGAGUGUUGGAUGGAAACAUGAGGGGUGACGAGGAAAGGAAGCUGGAGCAAGCAAAAGCUGUGUUUGCAACGAAUGCGGUGAAGUACCACGUCAAUAAGCUGCGGGCGCUAGACUGGGCACGCAAGCACGGGCAAGAGGUCAAAUAUGCCAUUGCGAAAGACACAAUUUCCAGCCGGGCGUUGCAAGAAAAACCGGACUUGGGCAAAGAGAAGUUGACAUGGCUGCAACGUCACGAUCAGGACUGCGGCGGGCUGUACGGGGUUUUGCCUUUGUGCAUCGGCAUGCCUGUCACGGCAACAGAUCACUUGGAUCGCCGCAGAGGCAUACUGAAGGGAUGUCGCGGCACAGUUGUUGGAUGGAGCUGGCACGAAGCAGCAGGCACAGCAGCAGGGAGUACGACACAGAUCUGGAACCAGCUCCCAACUUGUGUCUUUGUCCGGUUCCAGACCAAGUCAGAGUGGCGAGUGCAGGGGCUGGCCACGGAGAACGUGUUUCCGGUGACUCUCCAACGUCAAGCGUGGCACCUGGACAAGGGAAGAAAGCGGCCCUUGCUGCGGGUGGUGCGACGGCAAUUCCCGUCUGG